UUUUGUCCUUUUUAUUAUUUUUGGAUCUCUGAUUCAGUGCUGUGUUUCUCUCUUGAGUGGGAAAUCGGGUCACCCGUUUCGGUUCUGUAUUUAUUUAUACUUAUAUAUGAAGAAGUGGCCAUUGUUGCUGAAUCUGUUAUCGGGCAUCCUUGUUUUGCUUCAAUCAUGUCUUUCUCUUCAUGCUUUUACCACUCUCCCUUAGCAUUCAAGAUUGAUCACUUGGGGCUGGCUAUAAAACCUAGUGGCACAGUUGGGAAGGGGCAAAAUUUUCCUUUCCUUAUCAGAAUUAAUGGUGCUGAGCUUUGUAACCAGCACAUUGUGAGAGGUAGAGUCAACUUAAGUGCAGAUUGGAGUUUCAUAGGAGGAUCCAGAGUUGUUGUGAAACCAAAAGCUACAAGAUUGGUUCAUUAUCCAAAAAGCAGUCGAAUACAUGCUUCAUGGUUCUUAGGAUCUCAACUUGCUAGCUCUGUCUUCACAUUGGGAACAAUAGCAGUGCUCCCAUUUUACACACUUAUGGUUGUAGCUCCAAAAUCUGAGCUGACUAAAAAAUCUAUGGAAAGUAGCAUACCAUAUGUAGUGCUUGGCGUUCUAUAUGCAUAUUUAUUGUACCUUUCUUGGACCCCUGAGACAGUCCGAUUGAUUUUUGCAAGUAAACACUUGCUACCAGAGCUGACUAGUAUAGGAAAAAUGUUCUCUAGUGAGUUGACUUUAGCCUCUGCCUGGAUUCACCUGUUGGUUGUUGAUCUUUUUGCAGCAAGGCAUAUUUUCCAUGAUGGACUGGAGAAUCAGAUUGAAACUCGGCAUUCAGUUUCUUUUUGCUUGUUCUUUUGCCCCAUUGGGAUUCUUACUCAUGUCAUCACCAAAGCAAUGACCAAAACUACCAGAAAAGAGGGUCAUGGUUUAUAGAAGGCACCUGCUUAAACAGAAACAAACGGAUUUCAUUUGAAGUUUAAGAAUUUGAGAAAGUCAUGUUUGAGUUGAAGUUAGUUAUAAUUUCAUUGGUACUUUAUUCUUUGGUCUUCAAUCAAAAUAUUACAUAAUUAAUUGUUU